AUGUGCUUCUUCAACCAAUCCGUCUGGUCCUGCGGCUACUGGAAAUGGGCCGGUUUCCAACAACGAUGUCACAAAGAACGUCGAGUCGGCGAAACCUGCGGCCUUAAACUCGUCUCCCAAUGCAACUACAAACCAACACCAUGCAGCAUAUGCCAAAAGAUCAAAGCAAAAGUCCAUCGCAUCGAGCAAUUCACCGAGAGGAUGGACCGCCUCAAGGAAUGGAACCUUAUCAGCACCUACGAGAAAUGCCUGGAGGAAACCGUCAUUAUGGAGAAUCAGUUGGCAGAGCUACGCCGUCAGCACGAUGCAAACACCAAAGAUGUCGUUGAGAUCACGAGAACCAUUGUCGACAAGACGCAGAAGCAAAUCAGGCACAGCGAUUGGAGCGGUGUGCGGAAAAGCACACAGACAAAGACAGGGUCGAGGAUAAACACCAUUCCGUUAGAAGUGUGGGAGAGGGCCAUAGACAGUCAGGGAAACUACGGUUUAACUUCAUCUGGAGCUGUCGUGAUGGGUGUCGAGACAGGGUAUGGGGCAGGACGGGCCUUCAUGAACUCAUAA